AUGUUUUUAACCAGAACUGGUUUGAGAUUGCGACCAUUUGCCUCUGGUGCUGUUGGUCGGACAAGUUAUAUUAGAAACAACCACACUCAUUUUGACUCUCUAAAGUUUGUUACACAGCUUCAGGAGAAUGGGUUCAGCAAAGAACAGAGUGAAGCCGCUGUAAACGUCUUCAGCAAGGCCAUUAACGAUGGAAUUGACUUAUACGCUUCCAAUUUAAUUACCAAAGAAGUACUCUCGCGUCAGUCAUACCAGCAAAAAGUUGACUUUGCUAAGCUGAAGGGUGAAUUACAACUGAUCGAUAGGUCAGAAUUUAACAACAUAAGAACUCAACAUGAGAAACUACGUAAUGACCUUGAAAAGGUUAAACAAAGAUUGAAAGAAGAAGUCAACAAGAGUCUGUCUUCUGUCAGACUCGACUUGAAUCUUGAAAGAGGAAGAAUACGAGAAGAAAGCUCAAUUCACGACCUUAAAAUCAAAGAAACGGAUACCAGAAUUGACCAAGAAAUAGCUAACAUGAAGGUGCAAAUUGACUCUACAAAGACACAAGUCCUACAGUGGUUGAUAGGUGUGUGCACUGGUACGUUUGCUUUGGUUUUGGCCUACGUAAGACUACUAUCAUGA